AAAGCCCAAAUAUUUAUAAUUUUAUACCUGAUUCCUGAACCUCAGAAGAACCUGAUACGGUGAGGUGAGCAGUUGAGACUUGAGAGAGGCGGAGAGCAGAGAAUCAGAGAGAGGCUGAGAUGAGAACAGACUGAACAGUGGAGACUGGAGACUAGAGAGAGAGGCAAUUGCCUAACUCGCCUAAGGGAAGGGCCGGCCCUGCAUUUUCUUAUAGUUAUAGAUGGCGUUAAGGAAAAUAUUUAGAGAAUUUAUGAACAAAAGGGUACUCUCACCUCCUCUUUUAACUGCCAGACAUUGCUCUUCUGCUGCUGCUGCUCCUAAUAUCCCUCACUCUGCUAAAAAAGGAAGGUUAUUGACAGGAGUCACAAUUGGUCUAGUUAUAGCUGGAGGAGCUUAUGUGAGUACCGUGGAUGAAGCAACUUUCUGUAGUUGGCUAUUCUCAGCAACGAAACUUGUAAACCCUUUCUUUGCCCUUCUAGACCCAGAGGUUGCUCACAGACUAGCUGUCUCAGCAGCAGCUCGUGGUUGGGUUCCAAGGGAGAAGAGGCCUGAUCCAUCAAAUAUAGGGCUAGAAGUUUGGGGAAGGAAGUUCUCCAACCCCAUAGGUCUUGCUGCUGGCUUUGAUAAGAACGCUGAGGCUGUUGAUGGGUUGCUGGCUUUGGGCUUUGGCUUUGUAGAGGUUGGCUCUGUAACCCCUGUUCCACAAGAGGGUAAUCCAAAGCCUCGUAUCUUUAGAUUGCCUCGGGAAGGUGCUAUCAUCAAUCGGUGUGGCUUCAAUAGUGAAGGAAUUGUUGCUGUUGCGAAGCGGUUGGGUGCCCAACAUGGUAAGAGGAAGUUGGAUGAAACUUCAAGAAAUCCAUCUUCCUCCACUGAUGAAGUAAAACAUGGAGGCAAAGCUGGACCUGGAAUUCUUGGGGUCAAUCUUGGAAAGAAUAAGACAAGUGAAGAUGCUGCUGCAGAUUAUGCACAAGGGGUUCAUACAUUGUCUCAGUAUGCUGAUUACUUGGUGAUUAAUGUUUCUUCUCCGAAUACUCCAGGAUUGCGUAUGCUUCAGGGAAGAAAGCAAUUGAAGGACCUUGUGAAGAAGGUUCAAGCUGCUCGUGAUGAAAUGCAAUGGGGAGAGGAGGGCCCACCGCCUUUGCUUGUAAAAAUCGCUCCAGACCUGUCUAAAGAAGACCUUGAAGAUAUUGCAGCAGUUGCCCUCGCUCUACGCUUGGAUGGAUUGAUAAUAUCAAAUACAACUGUUUCAAGACCAGAUCCUGUAAGUAAAAACCCAGUGGCUGUGGAAGUUGGUGGCUUAAGUGGGAAGCCUCUUUUUAAUCUCUCUAUCAACAUCUUGAAGGAAAUGUAUGUUCUAACAAGGGGAAAGAUCCCUUUAAUAGGCUGUGGGGGUGUUAGCAGUGGUAGGGAAGCAUACCAAAAAAUCCGAGCUGGUGCAACUCUUGUUCAGCUUUAUACGGCAUUUGCUUAUGGGGGACCUGCCCUUAUUCCUCAGAUCAAGGCUGAACUGGCUGAAUGCUUAGAAAGGGAUGGUUUUAAGUCUGUCAUUGAAGCAGUUGGUGCAGAUUGCAGAUAACCGUACUAGUCUCAAGGACCACAAUUAUGAACAUAUCCUGGAGCAUUUUUCUCACAUCAAAGGGUUGGUUAUCCUUAAUUUUUUUCCCCUCCUUCAAGUGGGGAUGGAGUUUCUGACUUGUUUGACGUGAGAAGUUUUGAAGUGACUCGGCAAACAUUUUUUUCUAAGUUAUCUCUGUAGUCAUUAAUUUCUUUAUUCCCCAAGUUGCGGCCAUGAAAAUCAAGUGAAAUAUUACAGUCCUGUCAUGCAGGUUUACGUGACAUUGUUUUGGCAUUAGUUUUCAGAGGACUAUAUGUAAUGAGGCUCCAAAAUUGUCAUUGUAUAGAAGUUGCCAUGAAUGAUAAGUACCCACUUCCUCAAUUCGUGUUCCGUAAACUCAAUUAUAAUGGCUUGAAUGUUUGUGAUAGAAUUUUUAAAUGAAAGCGGAUAGUUUAUAAUUGGUUUUA